UGUCCCAUCAUGCAGCGCGGCUGGAUUCUCUCACAGUGACAGUCAGAUCCAGACUGAGCGGCGAUGGCAGUCGGUUAAAUUAUCUCGUUCACGCCACGGUAAUAACCAGCCGCUCUCCCUGAGACGCUCCUGGUCAGCAGCCGCCCACGUCGGCGGCAGGGGUCCCGCCGAAAUAGGCACGAGGCCGGCAGAGAGACGGUGGACUGUCGCUAAAGCCUCCCAUAAAACAACAAUAUCCAAACGAAACGUUAAAACAAGGAGGAACAUCCCGGCGGAGGAGGAGCGGCUCCGCGGCCGCAGCAGGGCAGCAGCGGUGCAAAAGCACCGAUCGAAGCCGUCAUGGCGUCGCAGAAUGCCGAUGACUUGCCCCGGCCGCAGCAGCAGUACACCAUUCCUGGAAUCCUACACUACAUUCAGCACGAGUGGGCCCGGUUCGAAAUGGAGCGGGCUCAUUGGGAAGUGGAGAGGGCCGAACUCCAGGCCAGGAUAGCGUUCCUGCAGGGAGAAAGAAGGGGCCAGGAGAACCUGAAGAACGACCUGGUCAGAAGAAUAAAGAUGUUGGAAUAUGCUUUAAAGCAGGAAAGAGCAAAGUACCACAAGUUAAAAUAUGGAACAGAGUUGAACCAGGGUGAGGUGAGGAUGCCGAGCUUCGAGUCAGACAUCAAAGAGUCGGAUGUCUCUGCUGUUCCUGCCAACAGUCAGCUCAUGUGGAAACAAGGACGACAGCUUCUUAGACAGUACCUACAGGAAGUGGGUUACACAGACACGAUACUGGACGUCCGCACUCAGCAAGUCCGCUCUCUGCUCGGCCUGUCGGGUUCAGAGCAGAAUGGAUCUGUUGAGAACAAGAAUCUGCAGCACCUGAUCAACGGGACGGAGCGAUGCAAAGAGCCCAAGAGAAUUCCAACUGACAACUUGGAGACGUUCAACUUCUUGGAGAACACAGAGGACAGUGAUGAAGAUGAUGAUGAGGAGGGAGACCUAAUGGACGACAUCACUACGGACAAACACCAUCGAGCUAAAAAACAUAAAAUAAAUGUAGGAAACGAGGGCUUAGCAACAGAGGAUGACGCAGACACGGAGGAAGCUUUGAAGGAGUUUGAUUUCUUGGUGACGGCAGAGGAUGGAGAGGGGGCGGGGGAAGCCCGCAGCUCUGGUGAUGGGACAGAGUGGGCAGAGCCUCUACCCUUUUCCACUGCUGGGGGAAAGUCCUUCUUACUGGGGGGGUCUGAUGAUGUUCUGGAAAGCGUGCUGGGUUUGGGGGACCUUGCUGACCUCACCGUCGCCAACGAUGAGGUGGACUUUGGCUACGAUCUCUCCUCCAGUAAAGAGUCUUCCUUCAGGAAGACAUGGAACCCCAAGUACACGUUACGGAGCCACUUUGAUGGGGUCCGAGGGUUGGCGUUCCACCCUGUGGAGCCCUGCCUGGUCACAGUGUCUGAAGACCACACGCUCAAACUGUGGAACCUCACCAAGACCGUCCCAGCCAAAAAAAGUGCCUCGUUCGACGUGGAACCGGUCUACACCUUCAGGGGUCACAUUGGUCCGGUGCUGUCGUUGGCGAUGACCUCCAGUGGCGAACAGUGUUUCAGUGGUGGCAUCGACUCCACAAUCCAGUGGUGGAACAUCCCCAGCUCCAACGUUGACCCUUACGAUACCUACGAUUCCAGCGUGAUGGCCGGGUCCUGGGUGGGUCACACAGAUGCCGUGUGGGGAUUGGCCUACAGUGGCAUUAAGAACCGCCUCCUGUCCUGCUCAGCUGAUGGGACUGUGAAGCUCUGGAACGCAGCAGAGAAAGAACCCUGCAUCAGCACUUUCAACACCAAUAAGGAACACGGAAUCCCCACGUCGGUGGAUUUCAACGGCUGUGAUCCCGCCCACAUGGUGGUUUCUUUCAACGGUGGAGAUGUGGUGGUGUACGACCUGGAGACUUCCCAGAUUGCACUGGUCCUAAAGGGCCAGGGUGACAGCACCCUCCCUUGUCUGAAUCAUAUCAACAGGGUGGUGAGCCAUCCCACGCUGCCCGUCACCAUCACCGCUCAUGAGGAUCGAAACAUCAAGUUCUUUGAUAACAAGUCAGGUAAAGUGAUCCACGCCAUGGUGGCUCACCUGGAUGCAGUGACCAGUCUGGCUGUAGAUCCAAACGGCAUCUACCUGAUCUCCGGCAGUCACGACUGCUCUCUGCGUCUGUGGAACCUGGACAGUAAGACUUGUGUACAGGAGAUAACGGCUCACAGGAAGAAGAGCGAGGAAGCCAUCUACGAUGUGACCUUUCACCCUUCCAAGGCUUACAUUGCCUCUGCUGGAGCUGACGCCCUCGCCAGAGUCUACGUGUAAAGGAGGAAGAGAAGAAGAAGAGUUGGAGUAGAGUGGGUUCGUCUGGUCUCUCCCAGCCAGCGUUCAGGUUUCUGAACUCAGAAUGUAAACCCGCAAAAUCAGGAGGGGAGGUUCUCCAUCAGAUCAGGAUUGCACCGACACACGCACACGAGUGUGAGCACAGACCGCUGAAGGGGCGGAGCUUCCAUCAACUGAUAACACAAAACACUUUAAAACGGUUACACCUGCAGAAGAAGAGCUCACCUGACCUCUGACCCCAGUGUUCCCACCCCCGGUUCAGCAUCCAGAAGGUUUAAAGGACCACCCCCCCAUAGAGAGACAGGUGGAAGCUUCUCCUGCGGCAUCAUGGGAUUGUUGGGUGGGCAGGUCGUGUUAAAACAUCACGAUGAGACUGUUGUUGGAACGACCUGCAGCAGCUUUAGUGAUGCAUUUGGUUCCACAACAUCCUGGAGGUCUGUUGCCAUGGCGAUCUGUUCAGUGCUUUAGGCUUUCUAUUAAAAAAAACAAGUGUGAACUUCAGAGUUCUGAGUUCCUUUGAGUCUGUGAGUGAAGAAUCAGUGAAGUAAAUAAAAACAAACUAAAGGUUAAUUAGUUGGGGGGGGGGGGGGGUCCCUUUACAGAACCUAACCUAACUCACCUGUCCAGGUGAGUGGAUCCAGCUGAAUAUCUGCUGUUUGAACGUUUGUUUCUCUCUUUUAGUCUGACAGCAGAAACGGGUUGUACAGUUUUUAAGAGGUUUAAAUUAAGAAAAGUGAAAAGAUUUUUGUCUUUCAAUUCUUACCGAGCAAACAGCUGUUGAAAUGUCAGAUAUUCUGUGGUUCUGAUGAGGUCCGGUCCAGGUCCGAACACCUGGGCCUGUGAGGUCUGAGCAGAGCUUUAGCUACUUUAGUUUCUUAUGUUUGGUAGUGUGAGAAAUCUAGUUUUUUAAUCUGUUUUUAUAAAGCUCUUUUUAUCCAGACUGAGGAGGGUUCUGGUUCUGGUUCCUGUCCAGCUCGCAGACCUGGCCUGCUGCUGCCUGGCCCAAAGGUUUUAGUACAUGUGGAGGAGAGGAACAACAGCUGAGGAGGAGCCUCUCUUCAGGCUAUCAGGUUUCUCAUUUAGUUGUGCUAUGGCAAGCUAAAAAUGACAAAAUUCAUUCGUUUUUUUUAACCGUCCAGUUAAGAUAUGGCAAAGUAAAUCUGUCAUAGACUGAUUAUUCCCCACCGGCAGUCCCGGUUAGAGUGCCCCCUGCAGAGCAGAAGAGAGGCAGGAUAAAACACUAAGUCAUCUGCUCUGGAUCUGGUUCCAGUCUUAGUUUACAUUCUGAGGUUUUUCAAGUGUAAUAAAGUAAAUCAGAAGCCUUUUGAAUCUGGUGGGACUUUUACUUGCAGAACAAACCCAUCACGGGAGGUUCUGACCUCCCUCUGCAGCACCUACCGGUCAGCUGUCCGAGCAGAACACACAGAUGUUCAAACAGGGACAUUUACUAAUUUAUGGUGGCUUCUGUGGGUCAAACCGGAAAGUUCAGAAACAAGCAGGUCAGCUUGUUUCUGAACUUUUUUUUUUCACCCACCACACUGAGCUCAGGUGGGGGAGCAGCUCUCAGGUAGAAACUCCUCCUCCUCAUGUCUCCUCUCAGCACUGCAGCAGCUUAGGCUCUUUUACCUCGUGUUCGUAUCAUGAAUCUGCAGGAGAAACUGUUGAGAAGCAGCUGUCGGAUGUUCGGUAGGAAACCUCAGAGUUGCUCAAACUCUUUCAACAACACUACUAUCGGGUUUGAAUUGCAGCUCUCUGUUUGUUUAUUGCAUGAUUAAUCCAGUUAAAAGUUUUUUUCUUCUAGGCUUCGCACAAAAACAAAAAAUUCUGAUGAAUUUGUGACUUUUGAUUUUAAUUUUUAAAGUUUUAUAAACUGAAAGUGAGUUUUUGAGUCUGUACCACAAAGAAUACAGCUGUUCAAAUGUACAUAAAAUGUCUAUAACUAUUAAAUGAUGUUCCUGUUCAGUCA